GCCGUAUUAACAAUCUUGGAAAGCAGACGCGGGAAGGCAAGGGAAGCGCGUUGGUGUUGUAUUUCUCACAGGCGCAAAGAUGUCCGUGUUGUGUGCAGGUGAUCUUUCUUCCUUGCGGACUGUGUAGUCGCCGUGACCGCAAGCUCUACCCUCAUGGCUCGAUUUGCUGAGCCGCCGGUUAAGGCCUCUCAGCCCGGGCGGUCACAACCUGCAUCUCGGAGGGGAGCCGGAGGCUUGUUGCAGUAUUUCACCAAUCGCCAGCUGUGGGGUGACCAGCGGCAGCUGCCCCCUCUGGCUUCCCGGCUUUUCCCCCUGGCACACCUGGUUUCUCAGGAGGUGCUUCGAAGUGGAGCCGGCCGUAGCACCGUUUGUGUGCCGUGCUCAGCAGGAGCGUCGAGUCCUUGCCUGACCGCGGUUGCAGGGACCGUGUUCCUAGGCUUCCUGUCUGGGGCACAGUGGCUGCUGUCUUAUGUGGCCGAGCCUGAUCGACUGCGUGAACUCCCUCCCCUGUGCUUCUACCGACUGCAGUGGUGGUUCUUUGUCCCUGGCCGACCCUUGCGCCUAGUACGCGAGACGCUGCUGUUUGGUGGUCACAGCCUGGAAGCCCAGCUGAUGCUUAGUGUGACCCAGUGGCCAUGCGACCCUGCUUGCAUCCUUGUGGCCGGAUGCUCCAGGUUGGAUGAGGAGUUGUGGCACGUGACUCUGGUGAGCAUGCCUGGGGUGAAGGGUGGCGAGGUGCUGCACGCCUGCUACCAGUGCUCAUCGGGGGGCUCGGGCCAGCCACGGCUGCUGGGCAGGGGCCACCUCUUGCUCCCCAUGGGCCAGGAGCUGGUACUGCUCGAAACACACCAGAAUCGGGGCCGGGCAAAGAGCAGCUGCUGUCCAAGUGCUGGCUGGUCCGCCACUGGGCUGCAGCGGCAGGCUGAACUGGGCUCGGCUUUGCUCUUCCUCAGCGUCGUCCCACCUCCACGGCAUGCCACGGUGCUGGACCUGGAGCUGGUGGCUGACACCCUGGCCCAGCAGUUGUGUGCCGAGCACAGCCUUGUCUAUGAGGGACUGCUGGACUACGACGCGUGCGCAGCGGCAGGGGCAUCCCAUGGGGCACAGGCUACCCUGCUUCUGGCCUUUCUGCUAGAAGCCUCAAGUCUCCCCGUGCUCACUGGUCUCCCUGGUGGUGGAAAGGGUUCCUAUUACACGUCUACAGUGCUACUCCACUGGGACCUGGAAACCGGGCUCCACCGUGUGGCAGCUGUGGGCAGCCUCAGUGAGCCAGGGACAACCCCUGACUCUAUUGCGGGCUGGGCCUUGGGGCAUUUCCCUCACCUAGGCGGCAGAGAGGAAGGUUUGGUGAUUGGAGCAUUCCAGUGCCCUGGCCUGGAACAAAAGUGUGGUAAAGGAGCGUCGUGGGAUGCAGCCAGCUUGUGUUGUGCCAGUGGUGCCCACGAGACUUGUGACAGUCAUGGUCGCCAUUGUGUUUGUUGCAGUGUGACCAACUAGCAAGGACAGCGCUUGUUGGUGCAACAGUGUGAAUACAAGUAGCCAGAGGCUGGUGUUCAUGCACAUCUUCACUCAUCCCGAGUGUGUCAUACUUUUAGCAAGUUUCUCUCUCUCUUAUCCAGUUCCUUCUGUUGGAGUGACACCAGCAUUCAUUGUUUCCAUUACAACUAUUCACACUGAGUGACGACAGUGUGGAGUAAAUGAAAUGUGAUCAUUUUAGCAUGCAGACGUCAGUGCAUUUGCUGACCUAUUACGGUGUGCUAGGCAGCCUUUUGCUUGGAGCUAGAAUUACUGGCUUACUCUGAAGCUCUCAUUAAUAAUGAUUUUGAAAUUAUCCGAAACCAUCUGUACAAGCUCCUGGGAAUAAACUAUUUCAUCUAGGUAUUGUACACAGCUGACAUGCAUUAUUUUUCUGCAACUUGCUGCAACAUAUGCAACAAUGGUUCAGCACAAAAUUAUCACAUUUCAUUUGUUGAUGAUUGUUCAUCCCUUUUCAUGUUAUGCAUUAAACAUUCAAUUAUUUGGACUCGCC